AUGGCGGGCGACGAGGCAGGCCGGGACACCGUCCUCGUGGACACCGCGAAGAUCGCCUCCGAGACCCAGUGUGCAAUUUGCAUGGAGGUCAUCAAGAAGUGCAAGACGAUUCCAACUUGCAUGCACCGCUUCUGUACGGAGUGCAUCGAGUCGUCACUGCGCCUGGCGAAGCCAGAGUGCCCGUUCUGCCGCGUAGCCAUCGGGAACAGGCGUGUGGUGAAGCCGGAUCCAGCCUACGACCAGCUCAUAGAAGCGCUGUACGGCAACGUCGAGGAGUACGAGAGGAAGCGUGAGGAGCAGAUGAUGGCAUUCCUGCGGAAACGGAAGCUGGAGCAGACGGCGCAGAUGGAGCAGGCGCAGGACCACCUCAAGCGGCAGGAGCUGGCCGCGCGCGAGGACUGA